AGAGUUUUCGUACCGUACGUACCUGCAACGUGUUGUACGGUAUGUCGUUGGUUUUCCGUUUCUGCCAUCUUUAACGAACCAUCAUCAGCAGGCUUCCGGCAUCGCAUCGGGACUUUACUCGUCCCGCGACUCCAUUCAUGUGCACAUGAAGACCCUACGAAUCAUCACCGCAUCGACUCGCAGCAAGAAGAUACCAUCGUCGUUGUCGUCGUCACCAAGAAGCCCGGCAUCGUUCCCUCCUGGUCGCAGAAGAAGCACCCGAUUCUUUUCCUUGUACACCGCUGCCGCCACCAGCCUGCUUUUGUUCCCGUCGCUCAGUGGAGUGACAAGUGCAUUGGCCAACAGUAAUUCCAACCAGCAGCAACGAGCCAUGAGUUGCCGCAAGACACACGUCACCGACCGAGAUGGAUCGGGGACCAUCACCGUUUCCCCGCGCAACGAGGCGGAGCAGUCCGGACUGCUCGUCAUCAGUCACGGACUGGGGGACACGGCGGAGGGCUUUGCCGACGUCGCCGAGCAGUUCGCGUCGGAGAUGCCCUGGCUGAAGAUCGUCCUGCCCACCGCACCCACCCAAAAGGUUACGAUGAACAUGGGGAUGGCCAUGCCCAGCUGGUACGACAUCGUGGGACUGGACGAACGGUCCAACGAGAACUGCCACGGAAUCGACGAGUCACGGGCCCGGAUUGCGGGCAUUUUGCAGAAGGAGCACGAUGCAACCGGCCUCCCGUAUUCGAGGUACGUACAAUGGGAUGCUUCGGGAAUUGUGAUGCGGCGCUCUUUGGAGUUGGACAGAAUCGACUCGCAGGGUGGUAGCAUUUCUCUGGCUCGAAUGGUAGUUCAUUGACCAGCAGGUCGUUCCAUCGCAUUGGUUUUUCACUGGAAUGGUACUGUUUCGAUCCUCCAUUACAACCGCGGGCUCCCAACGGCAUGACCAACUGACACACUCACACUGUUCGAUUCGCUGCUUCUUCAUGAUUGCCAGAAUGGUGCUAGCUGGCUUCAGCCAAGGGGGUGCCCUGUCGCUCUUCACCGGUUUGCAGCUGGAGUCGUCCCUAGCCGGCAUUCUUGUCAUGAGUGGAUACCUACCGGCCGCCUCUAAGUUGAAGCUAUCGCAGACCGACACCCCCGUGUGGCACGGCCACGGGAGUGCGGAUCCCCUUGUUCAGUACCAGAUGGCGGAAAAGACAAAGUCUAUAUUGACCGAACGAGGCGUCAAAAACUACAGCCUCAACUCUUACCCGAUUCCGCAUACCGUCAGCCCUUCGGAACUCGGCGAUGCCCUCGCAUUCUUGAAAACCGUGCUGCCGUUCGACGAGUCAAUAAAGGUAACCCUGAAGGACCCUAAGGACAUGAGUGUCAAGGAGCUCAAGGCAGCAAUACGCAAGGCCGGGCUGAGCGCGGUCGGUUUGAUGGAAAAGUCGGAAUUCAUCAAAAUGGUCCAAGAUCACCGCGAUGGAAAGCUCUGACCAGCAAUUUCGACACUUUCACUACGGUCUAAGUUAUAGUGAAUACAAAGUAGAUUGCUAUCAAAGUAUUUGCUUUUUGAACUUGAUUUAUAAUUUUUUUUUCGUUUCGAAUUUAUGCGCGUUAUUGAGGUGUGUAAUUCUCAUUUAUCCCAGUGAUUAUCUUGGCGGCCGUUUCGAACCUUUAGCUUAGGUGGGGUUUCGUGUACAUAUUGACGAAUUCGAUUCCUUCAAAUUUCAUGUCUUCCUUGAUCUUCACUUCAUCCAUCAACACAUCGCCUGUUACGACAUCAAAAAUCACAAUGUACGAACGUUGCUUGCAGUCAUCCAAAUUUAUGGCGCAGUCUUCCUCCACGCUCCGCAGAGCAAUGGCGUGACGAUCGUUGGUACCAGGAACAAAGGCGAACGACGAAAAGCCAUGCAAGCCAUCCUUGUCGGCCAUCUUUACUUCAACGACUUCGGCAUUCCUGAAUUGCUCGUCAACAAUUACCACCUUGUUGGAGCCACGCUUCUCGUCCACAACGUCGUCGUAAACGUCUUUGGAUAUUCUUCGCGGCAUAAAGACCCACUUGCGCAUGUGGGGAGACCAUCGGAUUGCCUCGUGGAUGACAUAUCCCGGUGAAGGACAACCCAACACUUUGCGAACAAAGUUGUAGUUAUCUGUCCAAUUGAUGCGGCGGAAUUCACCGUGAUUGUCCAUGAUGGUAACCCACAAGUUGUUCACCUUUGGAUGAAUACGAAAAGGACGCAAGAGAAGGAGAAACAGCAUGCCAUCGUUAGUAUAGCUUUCGGCUUCAAUCUUCGGAACGAAGAAGCUACACGCAAGAAGAAUACAAGAGAACUACACAAAGAUCAAAACAUACAUUUUCAAUCGACCCAUCCGGUCGAGUGUAUUCCUUGCCCAUGCUUCCAAUAUACAACAAUCCAUCCUUGAUAGUCGACCACUCCCACUUCAUGCCCUUGUCAGUAUCACCCUCUCCUUCCGUGAUGACAUAUCUUGGUGCAACAAAGCUAUCUUUUCCGUCCUUUGUGUUCAUGAUUUCAAAUACCUCUCCCGUUCGAUCGUCGAAGGUCAACAGACGGUUGUCAAAGACGGUCAGUUCGGAAAAUUCGGCUCCUCGACCACCUUCGUUGUGUUUCGUCACGAGCGUGCGGGUAGCGUCAUCUUCCAUGACCAUUGUGUAUUUUCUACUAUUUUUGUGAUACGUGAUGGUCCCUGGUAACAAGAGACUUCGAUAAGACGGUUUUUUUGCGUCCUUGAUGAACGAAAGUUGAUCGAGAUCGGUCACGGCUGCGAAUCGGAAUUGGUUUUCGCCUAUUUUUGAGUCUGCGACAGAGAAGUAUCCACCGUGGAGAGAACCGCUGAAAGCAGAUCCCAUCGAAGACGAGGUCGUCCUUAGUCCAAUACCAGAAUCAUUCAACUGAUCAGAUGAAACAAUCAAAAGAAAGCCCAAAAAGCCAACAGUGGCAACCGUGGCCAAGGUAUGCUGGCGCAUGUAAAGUUGGAUUUUGGCAAAGAAACUCCCGUGGUUCCUUGGGUAGGCCUUGCUCUCCGACCUACCGAUUCCUCCUAGCUCUACGUCCAUUGUGUUGCUGCGAAGGACUCUGCUUUCGACGUCUGGCACGUUUUCGUCGCUAACGGAUCGGUUUCUUGCGAGUAGCGGAAUUUUUGCGUCGAUUUCUCCAGAACGGUUUGAACUGGCACGGCUAAGCUAUGUUCUUGUGUUCCUAGACGGGAUCUCUUGUUCGAUAGCCUUUGUGAGUUAUAAUAAUGACAGUUGUGACUU